GUUCCCGGCGGGAUGAUUUUUCCGGGGACACAGCGGGAAUUUGCACUCUGUUCUUGAUUCAACCCUCCAUUUUCUGGCCUUGUAUUUGAAAAAAAUCGAUCUUUUACUUUUGAAUUAUGGCUGCGAGAUUUGGGGUUUGUUUCUUUAGGAAGAUCAAUCAAUCAAUCAAUCAGUUCGCUUGAAUUUGACCUGAAAUCUUGGAUCUUUGAUGAAAUCGUAGUUAGGAUUUUAUUUACUGAGGCCAGGAUUCUAAUAAGCCUUGAGCUAAACGUCAAGUUUCCUUUACUCGAGAAAUAAUCAUGGGCUUCUGGACACUGAUGGAAGGAUUGCUGCUAUUCGCAAACGCACUUGCUAUACUCAACGAAGACCGUUUUCUAGCUCCCAAAGGAUGGACACUCGCAGAGCUCCACCAAACCGGCAAAAGAAACUCUCUCAAAGGCCAAAUCAUUGGUCUCAUCCACGCUUGCCAGUACAUGAGGCUUCCUCUCAUGCUCUUUAACUUAAUAGUCAUCGUCUUUAAGCUUUUCUCUGGUUAAAAUGCAAAUUCGAAAUAAUUCAAUCCAAACACUUCUACAACUUUCUUUUUUGACCCUUGUCAGAAUAAGCACUUUGUUGUUGAUCCAUCCAUGUUCAUUCUCUAGAAUUUAAAUCAUCAAAAGCUUGCAUUGUAUACAUUAUUCUUCUGUUACUUUUAACUACAAAACACAAAGUGGAAAAGAAAAGAAAAAAACAA